AUGUCGCUCUUUAAGAAACCAAAAAAACAGAUACAACGUAGAGUUUUAACCGAAAACUCCGACGAAGAUGAGCCAAUGGAAGAGGAGGUACAAACCGUACCAACUAUUAAAAAGCCGGGAAAAAGCAAAAAAGACAAGAAACCCAAGCAAAGUAUUUUAAGUUUUGAAACUGAGGAAGAAGGUGAAGUUUUUCAAGUGAAGAAGUCUUCUCACCACAAAAAAGUUAUGAAAAUGUUCGAAAAAGAAAAGCACAAGAAAAAGGAACCUAAAUCCGAUAAGGAGGGAAAAAACAAGGAUAAAACUGAGAUCAUUACAGAUGAUCUUGUAUUAGUUGUUAAUCCUAGCCAUAAGAAACCACCAACCCCUCCUCCACCUAUAUUAUCAGGUAGAGAUGCUCUUUGUGCGGGUAAAGAUGACCUGUCUUCAGAAGAAGACGAUGAAAAUAUUAACAGCGGUUCACAUAGAUUUUCAAAACCCAAUAAUUUCAAAAAGGUACUAGAGUCUGGGGCUAUACCAGAUGCUGCAAUGAUUCAUGCAGCUAGAAAAAAAAGACAGAGAGCCAGAGAGAUGGGUGAUAUGAUACCUUUGGAAGAAGAGAAAGAAACCGACAAUACAGGUGGUCGCUUGCAGAGGGAAGAUGAACAUGAUGAAAGCGAUGAUGAACGGAUCGACAUGGAUCUAAAUCACAAAGUAAGAGACAUUGAAAGGCGUAGAGAACAAUUUUAUGCUGCUCAAGAAAGCGACCAAGAAAUUGAUGAAUGGGAAGAUCAGCAAAUAAGGAAAGGCGUAACAGGGGCAGCUGUAGCAUUAGCCCAAGAAUUAAUGAUGAACUCAGAACAAUUGCAUCAACAAAUAGUGAUUCCAGCACCUGUGAUAGAACCAGGUGUACCCAGAACUCCUCAAAUGAUAAUGGAGAAACUGAAAGAACAUUAUGAAGAAGUUUGUAGUUCUCGUGAUAAUCAUGUUGAGAGACUGGAUAGAAUUCAAGAGGAAAUUAAACAACUAACAAAUGAGAUGGAUGAACUAAAACUAAGGGCACCCAAGUCUGCUGAGCGCUUCAGAUUUUAUCAAGAACUUAGAGGUUUUAUCACUGAUCUUGUAGAAUGUCUUGAUGAGAAAAUUGGGAGGAUCAUGGCUUUGGAGCAAAAAGCAAUGGAUUUACAAGCAAAAAGGUCAGAGUGGUUCAUUGAAAGAAGAAGGCAAGAUGUGAGAGAUCAAGCUGAAGAAGUAACAAACAAAUUGAACCCCAGGAAAGUGCCAGAUGAUGAAAUGAAAGUAAGGAGAGCAGCUGAAAGAGAAGGAAGAAGAACUAGGAGAAGAAGAGCUAGAGAACUGGUCGAUCAAGCAACAAAACAUGUCGAAGGUAUGUCUAGUGAUGAUGAAAUUUCUCAGCAAGAAGAAAUGAAUUUCAAUAAAGAACAAGAGUUAAUUGAAAAUGAAGCAAAGGAAGUUCUUGAAGAUGUUACCGAUGAUUAUUCCUCUAUUGCCAAUAUUCUCAUUAAAUUUGAGCAUUGGAGAGAGUAUGAUGUCGACUCCUACAAUGAAGCCUAUGCUACUUUAUGCUUGCCUAAAAUGGUUAGUCCUUUUGUUAGGCUUGAAAUGUUAUUGUGGAACCCCUUACUGGAAGGCACAGACUUGGAAAAACUUCCCUGGUAUCGAACUUUAGCUUUGUAUGGUUUACAUGAUGAUGAAACAGAAUCCACCCUAUCUAGAGAUCCAGACAUAAAUAUACUUCCGACUCUUGUAGAAAAAUUGAUCAUUCCGAAACUAGUGCAGUUGGUAGAUAGAUGUUGGGAUCCACUUUCUAGCUCUCAAACACUUAGAUUAUUGAGUGUUGUUACUAGAUAUAUUCGAAAAUUUCCCACCCUUGGACCUGCUUGCAAACCCUUAAUUAAUUUAUUUCAUGCAAUUUUGUACAAAAUGAAGACUUCUUUAGAACAUGAUGUGUUCAUACCGAUGAGCCCAAAGCUAGCUGAUAGUAAGUCUCACUUUUUUCAAAGACAAUUUGCUAGUGGAAUGAAGUUAUUGAAGAACAUAACUAGUUGGCAGGGAGUCUUGAAUGAUAAUACUUUGAAAGAAUUGGCCCUGACCUCUUUAAUGAAUCGGUAUUUAUUAACAUCCCUUAAAUUCUGUAUGUUGACUGAUGCUGUUUCUAAAGUAUAUCUUAUGACACAAAUCUUACCAAGGAUUUGGCUACAAAGUAAUAUUCCAGAAUUACAAUUGUUUAAAACGAGUGUCAUGGGUUUGUUACAACAACUUGACAAAAAUUGCCCGUUGCACUUAGAAUCCAUAGAUAUUUCGAAUAAUAUUUUGAAAACGUUGAGAAAUAAAUGAAAAAGUUCAUUUUUCAUAUUUAAAAUGUAUAUAUUGAUUGUAUAAAUAAAAUAGAAUAAAUUCGUA